AACAAUACUUAGUGAUUGUACUGGACCUUAUCAGAGGGGAGACAAACUCACCCCUCCCAACUCAGGCUCCUGUUAGAGGGGACACAAACUCACCCCUCCCAACUCAGGCUCCUGUCAGAGGGGACACAAACUCACCCCUCCCAACUCAGGGUCCUGUCAAGAGGGGACACAAACUCACCCCUCCCAACUCAGGCUCCUGUCAGAGGGGACACAAACUCACCCCUCCCAACUCAGGCUCCUGUCAGAGGGGACACAAACUCACCCCUCCCAACUCAGGCUCCUGUCAGAGGGGACACAAACUCACCCCUCCCAACUCAGGCUCCUGUCAGAGGGGACACAAACUCACCCCUCCCAACUCAGGCUCAUGUCAGAGGGGAGACAAACUCACCCCUCCCAACUCAGGCUCCUGUCAGAGGGGACACAAACUCACCCCUCCCAACUCAGGCUCCUGUCAGAGGGGACACAAACUCACCCCUCCUAACUCAGUCCCUUCGACCUAUCACUUAUCUACGGGACUAAUGGGAGGCAGUGGCUGA